ACAGCACGGCCGGGUGUGGGGCAAGGCCCUGCACCCCGAGACGCGGGAGGGGGAAACCACAGGCAGUUGUGCCCCGGGGCCCGCGGGGAGGGUUUAAGAAGAUGGACAGGAGAAAGUGAAGUCUCUCUGAGGUACUCAAGCACAGCCCAUGGAAGAAUCAUAUGAAGAGGUGGUGAUUAAGGUCAUACAGCAGGAGUGGACAUGUUUGGAUUUCCAACAGCUACUCUGCUGGACUGUCAUGGAAGAUAUGCCCAGAAUGUAGCAUUUUUCACAUAUUGGUGCCUCUUACAUGACUUCCCUCUCAUUUUACCAGAUGUGAUGACAGAAGCCCACCACAAAUACGAUCACUCUGAGGCCACAGGAUCCUCAAGCUGGGAUUUCCAGAAUUCUUUCAGAAGAGAGAAGCUGGAACAAAAAUCCCCAGAUUCUAAGACACUACAGGAAGAUUCACCUGGAGUGAGACAGAGGGUCUAUGAGUGCCAGGAAUGUGGAAAAUCCUUCAGGCAAAAGGGUAGUCUAACGUUACAUGAGAGAAUCCACACUGGUCAGAAGCCCUUUGAGUGUACCCACUGUGGAAAAAGCUUUAGGGCCAAAGGCAAUCUUGUUACACAUCAACGAAUACAUACAGGAGAGAAGCCCUAUCAGUGCAAGGAGUGUGGGAAAAGCUUUAGUCAACGAGGUAGUCUGGCUGUUCACGAAAGACUCCACACUGGACAGAAACCCUAUGAGUGUGCUAUUUGUCAGAGAAGCUUCAGGAAUCAAAGUAACCUCGCUGUUCACAGAAGAGUUCAUAGUGGUGAGAAGCCCUAUAGAUGUGAUCAGUGUGGAAAAGCCUUCAGUCAGAAAGGAAGCUUAAUUGUUCAUAUCAGAGUCCACACAGGCCUGAAACCCUAUGCCUGCGCACAAUGCAGGAAGAGUUUCCACACCAGAGGGAAUUGUAUCCUGCAUGGCAAAAUCCACACAGGAGAGACACCCUAUCUGUGUGGCCAGUGUGGGAAAAGCUUCACUCAGAGAGGGAGUCUGGCUGUGCACCAGCGAAGCUGCUCACAAAGGCUCACCCUAUAAUCACUCUCAUCAAAGGAAGUUCUCUUUAUGAAUUAACAGCAUAAAAUCCCCUGAGAUUAAACAACCUAUUCAAUUUUACGGAAUGAAUGGAGACUCCUUCAGAAAGACCAUCACUGGGUAGAGCAAACUGACUUUUCUCCCUUCCCCCAAAUGAAUAUCAAAAAUAAAUGUCUUGUUUAUUAUCGUUA